GAGCCAAAAGGGUUUGAGGUCAUCUUUAAAUCUCCCACAUUCUGCAAUGGAAAAGGAUAGCAGACCAUCGUGGGACAAUCCUACGCAGUUUGUCCUGGCUUGCGUGUCUUUCGCCGUGGGACUGGGGAAUGUUUGGCGUUUCCCAUACCUCUGUCAAAUGCAUGGAGGGGGUGGCUUCCUGAUUCCCUAUCUUAUCAUGCUGGUGGUGGAGGGCGUGCCCCUCUUCUACAUGGAGCUGGCGAUUGGACAGAAGAUGCGACAGGGCAGCAUCGGGGCAUGGAGUGCCAUCAGCCCUUAUUUGGGGGGAGUGGGCAUUGCGAGUGUUGUGACGUCAGUAUACCUUUGCAUAUACUACAAUGUAAUCAUCGGCUGGGCCUUUUGGUACCUGUUCCACUCCUUCCAGACUGUGCUGCCCUGGGCAGAGUGCCCUGUCAAUGACAACCUGACGGGAAGGCUGGAGGAGUGUGAACUGGGCACACCCACGCAGUACUUCUGGUACAGGGAGACGCUGAACAUCACCUCCUCCAUUGAGGAGUAUGGAGGCAUCCACUCAGGCCAGGCUCUCUGCCUCAUGCUGGCCUGGCUGGUGAUCUACCUCUGCAUCAUCACAGGGGUCCAGUCCACAGGGAAGGUGGUGUAUUUCACUGCAACAUUCCCAUAUGUGGUUUUGACCAUUUACCUGAUCAGAGGUAUUACACUGAAUGGAGCAGUUAAUGGCCUCGCAUACAUGUUCACACCAAAGUUGGAGGAGCUGGUUAAUCCCAUGGCAUGGAUCAACGCCGCCACACAGAUCUUCUACUCGCUGGGCCUGGGGUUCGGCUCCCUUGUGGCCUUCGCCAGCUACAACCGCCAUCACAACAACUUCGAGCAGCAAACCAUCAUCGUGUCGCUGAUCAACAGCGGCACGUCCAUCUUCGCCAGCAUCGUCACCUUCUCCGUCUACGGCUUCAAGGCCACUUUCAACUACGAGACCUGCCUGGAAAGGGUGAGAAUGCUUCUCGUAAACUCCUUGGACGUGGCAGAGGACUCCAUCACCACAGACAACAUGACGCAUUGGUUGGCAGAGCUGAACAGCACACAUCCGGACCAGUGUUCUGCUUUGGCCUCUAAGCUGGAGAGCUGCAGCCUGCAAUCUGAACUAGAUACGGCUGCGGAAGGCACAGGCCUGGCGUUCAUCGUGUUCAGCGAGGCCAUUAAGAACAUGCCCCUGUCCCAGCUGUGGUCCGUGCUCUACUUCUUCAUGCUGCUGACGCUGGGGGUGGGUAGCAUGCUGGGAAACAUCACAGGCAUCACCACCCCACUGCACGACACCAAGCUCCUGUCCAGAUACCUCAGCAAGGCGACCAUCAACGGUUUGGUUUGUGUCCUCGGUCUGAUCCUCGGCCUGGGAUUCACCACCCGCUCCGGGAACUACUGGUUCGGCAUCUUCAAUGACUACUCCUGCACCUUCUCAUUGCUCCUCAUCGUGCUCAUUGAGAUCAUCAGUGUCUGUUACAUCUACGGCCUGAAAAGGUUUGAAAAAGACAUUGAGGACAUGAUUGGUCACCGGCCCAAUUGGUACUGGAAGAUCAUGUGGGUAGCCAUUAGCCCAAUCAUCAUAAUUGGGCUGUUCGUGUUCUAUGUCUCCAACUACAUAAUGGGCGGAACAUACACUUACCACGCCUGGGACAAAGACCUGGGCAGGUCAGUACCCAAGGAGUACCCAAUGAGCGCUCAGGUGGUCAUCAUCCUCCUGCUACUGUCCUCUGUCUGUUGCAUGCCGCUGACAGCCCUCUACACCUACUGCAAGAAGGAGCCCAAAGAAGGUGUCGUCAGUUGCCCUUUGACCUCUGAAGAAAUUUCCUGAAAGAAGGGGUGAUAGCCAAGAGACUCAUUUCUGCAGUGAGACCUCUAACCAGUAGCAUUCACCCAUCAGGACAAAUUUAAGAGGUUCAUAUCAUCAUCAUUCUGUCAUUUUUGGAAAAACCAGGCAAUUGUUUGGGUUUAUUUUUCUCUCAAGUAAGAUUCUCCAGAAAUCCAAGCAGGUCUUUCAGAAUGUUUUAUUAUGAAAGUUGUAUUCAUUCAUGAAAUGCAUUAACUUAAUUCUUCAGUAACUUUCUUAGUUUGGGUCAUUUUUCUCCAGUGUUUAUUCUGGUUCAAUAGAUGUACAACUAUUGGUUCUUAAGUUUUGCAAUUAAUGUUUAUUCAUACACAUACAGGUUUUUACCAUGGACCAAAGCGAUUUAAAACAUUAUUUCACCAGCAUUUUUUCCACACAUGAGUAAUUGAUAUCACAUUGAAUGUGGUUCAGAGGCAUGGACAUGCAGGAAAAUGCAAACCAGAAAACAAGGUUAGCUUCCCAUAUUUGUUCUGAUCUGCAAAAUUCAUCACACUGGAGGUAAAUUGAUUAAAUCUUGAUUAAAACAAAAGGUAUAAAACUUAAAUCGUAAUUCAAACAUUGCUGCCGAUAGCAUGUUUAGAUUUGUCUGUUCAAUUAGAGGGUUCCCCAAAAAUCAACACUGGAAUAGACAUGCUCCUCAUUGAACACCAAAAUAAAGGUUUUUCUUUUAAUCAAUCAUUAUGUUAGAUUCUGGUGUAAAUUGGUGGCCCAAAAUAAAUCUUCAGUGUUCUCUUGUAUUAAACGUACAAUCGGUAAGAUUUUGGUGUUAAAACAUUGUUACAAGUCUAUUGUAAAUCCCUUCCGAUCAUUGAAAUACUCACGGACAUGUUGACUCGCCCUCUGCCUGUGCUUAUAGCUUAAAUUAGGGUUUCAAUAUAUAAAGUUGACGGCCCAAUACUCUGUACCAAAACAUUGUAUAAAUGUAUAAUAAUUCAAGCUCAUUGGUUGAAAAUUGCUUCCAAUUGCCACAGCCAAACAUCAGCGCAUUUACAGAAAAGGGGGAAAGAUAAAGUGUUGUGGUUUCAAUGGGUUUGCUGCUGCUAUUCCUCUUGACCGUUAGAAGUCUGAAAAUACCUAUUCCUUCAAGUACUUAGCACAAACGUCCUGGUCUGGAAAACGUUACUGGCCUUCACAAUGGUGUCAAAGCAGUUGACAGUCCAUUUCAGAAAAUAUGAACCUCAACCAAGUUGCAUUGAUGGGAUGGGAGUUUCAAAAGAUGAAUAAAGAUUGUCCAUGCUGGGACACAAAGAAAUUGGACAGUUGGAAUUGAAGCACGAUCUUAACAUGACCAGGAAUAAAUACCUCAACUUGGGAAUGGAGUGUUAUAUAGUGAACUUCACCACCCCUCUCUUCAAGCUUUAUGAAUUACAGCUUUUGAUUAAAUGGUAUAUUCAUGUUUGUGCCACUGCAUAUGAUAAAAAUGGUUCUGCCU